UUACCCAACUGCUUUGUACCAGAAUCACGGUUCCACAGUUGAUGCUUGCGACCUUAAUCAAGGUACGGAUCUGUGAUCCAUCCCACCAUCUGCCUCACGCCACCGCGGUCGCCAGUGCCCCGGACGCCACCACGAUCCACCCGUGCCCGUGGAUUCAAGAGAUUGAGUGGCAUCUAGCUGAAGAGUUUUAUGCAUUCAAGAAUGGCUGCAGAAGUUCGGCAGCCGGAUCACCUAGUUCUGAAAAAGAAAAACAACCCUUGGUUCGAGACAGACAUAGUGUGGAUUAACGUUUUUCUGCUGGGGCUGGCUCAUCUCGUUGCACUUUACGCUUUGCCCCGCUUCGUCCUGUUUCAGGUUAAAUGGCAGACGUGGAUAUUUAGCGUUAUUCUUUACUACUUGUCGACCGUGGGCUCAAACGCGGGAGCACACAGACUCUUCUCUCACAGGGCAUUCAAAGCGACCCUACCUUUAAAGGUCUUCCUUCUGGCAAUGGGUUCGUUGUCCUUUCAGCCAUGUGCCUGGAGCUGGGCCAGAGACCACCGCGUUCACCACAAGCACUCGGACACGAUGGCCGAUCCUUACAGUGCAGGGCGGGGAUUCUUCUUCGCCCACCACGGCUGGGCUUUGCUCCGAAGACACCCCGAGGUUUUGGCAAAGUAUAAGACAGUCGACAUGUCUGAUCUCGAAAAUGACCCUUACGUUAUGUUUCAAAGGAGGCACCAGUACAAGCUGAUCCUGCUUUUCGCUGUAGCGCUUCCAUUGAUCACUGCGGUAUACGGAUGGAAUGAAACAUGGCUCAACAGUUUUCUCGUUCCCGUAACUCUGCGUGUUGUGUGGUGCUUGAACUGCACUGCCAUGAUAAACAGUUGGAGCCACCAUUUCGGUACGAAGCCGUACGACAAGACGAUUUAUCCAGUGCAAAGUUCACUCGUGGCGCAUCUGGCUCUUGGAGAAGGAUGGCACAACUACCACCACGCGUUCCCCUGGGAUUACAAGGCAUCUGAGCUUGGGCUCCAGUACAAUCCGAUGGCAACCUUCAUCAAAGCUUGUGCCCGUCUGGGGCUGGCCUACGACCUCAAAGAAGCAUCCAGUGACGUCAUCAAGGCCAGGAUCGCUAGGACAGGCGACGGCACACCUCCACUUGCAUGAUUAUGACUCACGUUUCCAUCCUCAACCAAUCUUCAAAACUCAAGAGAGUACAUGGCAUGUAUAUUUUGUGCACAGAGGGCAGGUGAGGAGCCCCAUUUCCCCGUUUACAGUACUGUGCAGCGUCCCGCACAGAUUCUCCCAGUUCCAGGGGAACCAAGGAAUGUCCUUCUUGACAGCAUGCCAAGCCCGAUUCGCCAAAUCUUCAGCAGACUCAACUGCGGCCGGGGACGCCGAAGCAGACGCACAUUGGUUUUUGACGUCAGAAUCGGAGCAAUCGUUUCGCGACCUUUUCCGAUGUGUGCCCGAAGGUGGAGUGGUCGACGCACUAGCCUCUUCAGGAAUACGGCCAACGCUGUGUACUGGGAGACUUUGUCCUCGUGAGCUAGGCUCAGUUUUGGCUGGAGCCUGACUCAUACUGGCAGCUACAAAACGAGCAAGGAACGCGAACGCGGGAUCAAUCUGUAACAUAAAUAAAACUAGUUUUCUAAAAUGCAA